GUGACAGCCAUGGCGCAGCUCUUUGGCUAUGUGGACACUGGCUUCAUUGCAGCCGUCCUCUCCAUCGCCUUCAACCCGCUCUUCUGGAACGUGGUAGCCAGAUGGGAGCACAAAACGCGAGCGCUCAGCCAAGUCUUCGGCUCUCCACGUACCGCCUGUUGCUGCCUGGGUGCCGUUAUCCUGCUGCUUAACUGUGUGCGGAGCCAUUGCUUCACAGAAGCCAUGAAGAGCCAGCCGAGGCUGGAGGGCUUGGACUGCCACUGGGGCUAUUACUCAGGCUUGGCCAUCUUGGCCGUGGGGACCUUGUUCGUCAUCUCCAGCUUCUUAGCUCUAGGAUUCACCGGGACGUUCCUAGGUGAUUACUUCGGCAUCCUGAUGGAGGCAAAAGUGACCAGCUUCCCCUUCAGUGUCCUGGAUAACCCCAUGUACUGGGGCAGCACAGCCGUCUACCUGGGCUGGGCCCUCAUGCAUGCAAGCCCAGCUGGCCUUUUGCUGACAGCUGUAGUGGCAAUUUCCUACACAAUCGCAAUGCAGUACGAGGGGCCUUUCACAGAGGAAAUAUAUCAGCAGAAACAGAAGGCAGCGAAGGACAAGUAGCAGCAGUGCAGCGUCUCGGAUUCCUCGGUGCAGCGUGCCUCUCCGGUCCCCACGCUGUCCGAUUUGCCCGUUUUCCUACUGAGAUGUAUCCUACUAAUUAGCCCAGCAACCCUUAAUGAGCCAGCUGAGUGCCCUGCAGUAUUGGAAGCGAUCAGAGGAACAGCCCCAGCAGGG